AAGUGACACACUCUGAUUAGAACCCGGUCCUCUGCGCCGACUAAUCCCGCUCGUUCAGUAACCCAGACGGUGCUGUUUGCUUGUCGGUCAGUUCGGUUUGGUUUCUUCCGGGUUGUCUGUUUGGUUUCCACACGAGUGUUUUCCCGGCGGUGUCGCGUCCUUUUUCUUUUUCUCUCUCUUCAGAGGAUGAAGCCAUGAGUUCAGAGGACGGCACACUUUUACCACCGAGACCCGCUUUGAGCUAAAAGCCGGACAGACGCGUGAAGGGAGGACAAAACCAGGUCCAGACUGCAUCCAGAAUAUCAAGUUUGUCUGUGCGCUCCGGUCCGCCAGCAGAGUCCACGGCUUCAGGACCGAGCUGUGCCGCUCUCUCUCUCUCUCUCUCUCUCUCUCUCUCUCUCUCUCUCUCUCUCUCUCUGCUACAACUUCCUCAGAGACGAGCAUCCUCCGUCGACCUCCCGCGUCCGUCCACCUCUCCACUCGCCGCUCCGCCGCUAGUUGCGCGCUAUCGUCGCUCUCACACACAGACACACACCGCCACCAGUUACUAACUUUUUUUUUUUUCGUGGCUCUCCGGGGUCCACCAUCCGGUUCCGACGAGUCCAGCGUCAACACAGUACCAGCGUGAUCGGCCGUGUAUCCAGGAGCCGAACCAAAGCUCAGCCCUGGAUUCAAUACUCCUGAUCAAUGGACAGAGCCUCCUCAGCGGCCAGCAGCGCUUCAGACACGCCGUAAACAACUCGUUCUCUCUGGCUGGAGCUCCUCUGGGGGUCUGGAGGAGGAUGGAGCGAGGAGGGGAGAGUCCCAUCACCCAGGACAGCCCUGAGAGGAGAGGAGGCAGCCCGGACCUCAGCGGCAUUCCACCGCCUGGGAAGAAGGGCCGGUUGGAGCUCAACGGGAGCCCAACUGGACCACGCAUACGUCACAACGGAGCCCCACCAAGACCCCUAGGAGGUCUGAUGAUUCCAGUCUUCUGUGUGGUGGAGCAGUCAGACGGAGGGAUUCAGACGGACGGAUGUGAGGGAAGAGAGGAGCAUGCAGAGUUUGUCCUGGUCAGGAAGGAUAUUCUCUUCUCUCAGCUGGUGGAGACAGCUCUGCUGGCCCUCGGAUACUCCCACAGCUCAGCUGCACAAGCCCACGGAAUCAUCAAGGUUGGAAGAUGGAACCCUCUGCCCAUCCACUUCCUGACUGAUGCACCAGAAGCUACAGUUGCUGACAUGUUGUUAGAGGUCUACCACAUGGUCACACUACGUAUCCAGCUACAAAGUUUUUCGAAGCUGGAGGACCUGCCCUGUGAACAGUGGAACCACGCGACUGUCAGGAAUGCUCUCAAAGAGCUGCUGAAGGAAAUGAACCAAAGCACUCUGGCCAAAGAGUGUCCUCUGUCACAGAGUAUGAUUUCCUCCAUAGUGAAUAGUUCUUACUAUGCCAAUGUCUCCACUGCCAAAUGCCAGGAGUUUGGUCGCUGGUACAAGAAGUAUAAGAAAAUCAAAGUAGAUUACCUGGAGAAGAUGUGGUCUGGACGAGAUGCUGCUGACAUCAAAAUUGAGAGGGACAACAUGGCUGACUUCUGUGUGCUAGGCCAGAGACCUCCUCCUCAUUUGGCCGGCCUGGCCCAGCUCAGUCACCUGGGAGCUGGCAGUCCCCUCCUCAAGGCGGGAUCUGGAGAUCCGCAGACACCCUCCCAGCAACCUCAGCAGCCUCCUCCACCCCAACAACAACCUUCACCCCAUGGUCCUCUCCACCACAGCCCUCCUCUUCGUACUGGCCAGGUGCCUCCACCACCCCCACCCCCGCCUGGUGCCCUGCAGCCCCUGCUGGGGCCAGGUGGACUGCUCUCCCCCCAACUUUCCCCACAGCUGGUACGUCAGCAGCUCGCCAUGGCCCACCUCAUCAACCAGCAACUAGCUGUUAGCCGCCUGCUGGCCCAUCAGCACCCACAGGCCCUGAACCAGCAGUUCCUCAACCACCCUCCCAUUCCUCGGGGUUCAUCCAAAGCUGGCGACCACCCUGGGAGCAACCCCUCGGCAGCUGAGGUCUCCUCUGAAAUCUACCAGCAGGUCAGAGACGAGCUGAAGAGAGCUAGUGUCUCCCAGGCCGUGUUCGCCCGUGUGGCUUUCAACCGCACACAGGGCUUGCUGUCAGAGAUCCUGCGGAAGGAGGAGGACCCCCGCACAGCCUCGCAGUCUCUGCUAGUGAAUCUGAAAGCAAUGCAGAACUUCCUCAACCUGCCUGAGAGCGAGAGAGACCGAAUCUACCAGGAGGAGAGAGAACGCACCAUGAACCCUUCAGUUGGCCUUCCCGCCUCAAACUCCUCCAACCCUGGUGCUCCACGCCUCUCACAGAAAGUGUGGGAGAGAAGUUUGGAUGACCAGAUAACCCCUGAUACCUGGGCCUCCAUCUGGAAGAACAAGACUAAGAUCUCCAACUCGCCAAAGCCAUCUGGCCCGACCCCUGACCUCCCGCUCAAGCUGGAGUCGCUGGUUAACAUUACGUCGGGGAUCUAUGAUGAAAUUCAGCAGGAGAUGAAGAGAGCCAAGGUGUCCCAAGCUCUGUUCGCAAAGGUGGCCGCCAACAAGAGCCAGGGUUGGCUGUGCGAGCUGCUUCGGUGGAAGGAGAACCCCAGCCCAGAGAACCGCACUCUGUGGGAGAACCUGUGCACCAUCCGGAGGUUUCUGACCCUGCCACAGGCCGACAGAGACCUGGCGUACGAGGAGGAGUCGAGGCACCAUCACUCCGAGAGACUGCACACCGUCCUCCACCUGCCACAGGACACACAACUCUUUUGUCUUUCUCGUCAGGCUCUUCACAGGCCUCCCCCGGCCCCGAUGAAGGAGCACCGUCUCUCUCCUAUGCGAGAAGAACCGUUGUCUGCCCCGGUAAACGAGGAAGGGUCACAGAAUGUGGGAGCUGGAGCUGCGGGCGGAUGUCCACCUAGUAAUGUUGGCAAUGCUGGGAGCAACAAGAAGCCACGAUCACGCACUAAGAUUUCCCUGGAGGCCUUGGGUAUCCUGCAGAGCUUCAUCCAGGAUGUUGGGUUGUACCCAGACCAGGAGGCCAUCCACACCUUGUCAGCACAGCUUGAUCUGCCCAAACACACCAUCAUCAAGUUCUUCCAGAACCAGCGCUACCAUGUCAAGCACCAUGGCCGCCUCAAGGACUUGGGUGAGGGGGCUGCCGCCAGCGGGGGUGUGGACGUCAGUGAAUACAGAGAAGAGGAGUUGCUUUCCGGCUCAGAGGACCCAGAGUCUAGUGAGGACGGAGCUGAAGAGAUCUUCCAGUCCACAGAGGGUGGUGGGAGCACAGGGGUGCUGAACCAGCCUCCAGUCUCCUCCAGCUCCAACUCCAGCCAGUCAUCAUCAGGGACCAAUGCUUCUCAGGAGGAAGGCAAGGACAAAGGGCACGGCCGGCCUGGUGGACCUCUGGCCCCCGGGAGCUCUUCAUCCAGUCCUAGAGAGCAGGCUGACUAUCAGAGGUAGAGACUGACACACAGAGAGGAGAACACUGAGAAGAUGAUAAUGAAGUGAAAAACUGGUCAUGAUUUGAUGGAGGAUGGCUGCAUAGAAACUGUGAGAGAUGAAGAUCUAUGUAGACACUGAUAAACCAAGAAACCAUUAGACUGAAAUACUGUACAUUGCUGAAACGAUCAGACGGACUCUUUAUAGUGAUAAUCUCAGACAGACAUCUGUGAAAACCACAUUUGUGGAGUGAAAUGACGACUAGGUAUGACUGUUGCUACACAUGCCUCCAACCUACAAACAAACACGAUGCAAAUCUCCACGUCAGCACCCGAAAACGAUCACAAGGCUUUCUAAUCAGCCAGUGGCCAGAAAAGACACACUAAAGAGGCAGGAUUCUAUGGGCUUUGGCCAGAAAUUGUUCCCAUUCCUCCUCUCUAAAGUCCGAGCACAGUCACAUAAGACAUACUCCCUACAUGCUGGGUUGAGUUUGCCCCGCUGAGUGACAUUUAUAGACUGGAUCCUUGGUUCUUCUGAGACCUCUACAAUCCUAUAAAUCCUCAGGACACACACUGAUAACUGCUAAUGCUGUCGCCUGCCCGAGAACGUUGAUAGACGGCACUCGCUGUUCGUCCACGAGCUUCAUUUCAUUGUGGAAAAAGGAAAUGACCACUCCACACCCAGCCCUUGCCUCACCGUCACACUCCAGAAUCACUACCAGUCCUAUCUAGCACUUACUCUUCACAAAGACACUAUAUAUUUUGUGAAUGUGAUGGACGCUUGCCUCCCUCGCUCUGUCUCUCCUCUUGAGGCUCACAGAACGCUGUGAGGUUUAAGAAUGACUCAAAAAGAAGAGCAGUGGACAGUUUGGCAGGAGCACAGCGGGCCGACAUCAAGAGGAUGUGGCGUGGAGGGACAUUUGGGCUUGUGUACCCACGACUCUGAACCCUUCCUGGCACCACCCGCGUCUGUGUGGCGAGAAAAAUGUCAAGAAAGGAAGGACAGAGCGAAGAUUCAGCAACCAAACAAUCAGUCACUUUAUGUGCGGUAGUCCACCCCUUCCACUCUUCCUCUCCUCUCUCCAUCUCACUCUCUCCCCCCCUUUCCUCUCUCUAAUUGGUGCCCACAGUCUUGUGUUUCACCACACCUACCCGCACUUAAACUUCACCAACCCUAUUUAUUGCUAUCUUUAUCCAUGAUUAUUAUUAUCAUUAUUGUUAUUAUUGUUGUUAUUAUGGUUAGAAUUGCUGUCAUCACGUGCUAUUUUUAGUUUUUAUUUCCAUGGUUUUAAAUAUUGGUUUUCAGAACUGGGCGGUUGUUUGGGUAACAAGAGACAUUAAGAGUGCUCUGCCCUAAAAAAAAAUAAAUAAAAAAAAUAAAAAAUAAAAAAGAGGAAGAAAAGGAGUAGAGAGUGAAAGAAAAUAAAAAGAAGCAGUUACUGAGUGUUACUGGGUAAAAUAAAAGUCCUGUUUUGUUGUAAUAUGCCAUUUUUUAUAGGCCUGUCUCCCAAGAAGAGUAGAAAAGACUUGUUGGAAAGAGAGGAGAAAGAAGAAAGCUAAACUGUUGAUGACAAUCUACUUUUUUGAGCCAUUGAAGAAAUGUGGCAGGUUUGACUCUUCACUUUUGAUGUCUGUAAAUACCCAACAUGGGAUAAAUUGUUAUUGAUAAACUUUUAUUUCUUAUUUUGCCGAGUGACUUUUCAAUGUUUGAGCCAGUUUGGAGUACAGGAAGAGUGCUGUUUUUUUCUCCUAUGGACAAUUCAGUGAAAUCAGUUCAUUUCAUUGUGCCAGGAAAAUUCAAUCACAAGAGUAUUUAAAUAAUUCAAACUGUUUUUUUGUUUGGUUUUUGUUUGACGUCUGGUGCAGUUGUGUAAAAGUAUACAAUACGUUCAAAACAGUAUCUGAGAAUGGAUGGUGUCUCGUUUGACCAUUCUGAUUGGCUGCUACACUCAACCAGAUGACUUGCCUUUUAAUUAUUACAUCAAUGCCAAUCACGCUACAUGAUAAUAUUGUGCUUUUCUGUAUGACAGGAAUCAGGGUUAGACUCUAAUGCAGUUCCAAUGAAAUCUUAGUUCAUCCAGCAGUGAAGUGAAUUAAAA